AUCCCUUUAGGCCCUAAAGUGAAGGAAAUACCUUUGAGAUCGACAGAGAGAGAGAGAGAGAGCAACUCGUUUGAAAGCAUGUCUGGUCGCGGCAAGCAAGGGGGCAAGGCGAGAGCCAAGGCCAAGUCUCGUUCUUCCCGUGCCGGACUCCAGUUCCCGGUCGGUCGUGUUCACCGCCUGCUGCGCAAAGGUAACUACGCCGAGCGGGUGGGCGCCGGCGCUCCCGUCUACCUGGCGGCGGUGCUGGAAUAUCUGACGGCGGAAAUCCUGGAGUUGGCCGGCAACGCUGCUCGGGAUAACAAGAAGACCCGCAUCAUCCCUCGUCACCUGCAGCUGGCCAUUCGCAACGACGAAGAGCUCAACAAACUCCUGGGCAAAGUGACGAUCGCUCAAGGGGGCGUGUUGCCCAAUAUCCAAGCGGUCCUCUUGCCCAAGAAGGCGGAAAGCCAUAAAGGCAAGUGAACUGCUGUUGCCCAGCCGGGCAAGUGCUUCGGAACUCAACCCAAAGGCUCUUAUUAGAGCCACCUACAUCCUUUAAGAAAGAGUUGGACGUCUCUUCCUCUCCUAGAAAUAACAUCUUUUUAUUUGCUUGCUCCAGCCUUUCCAAUAAUCGUCUAGUCCUCAUACGGCUUUUAAUAAUGCGAUCGUGUGUUUUUUUUUAAGUGUUUUUCCACGAUCAUUGAUUUUUAUGUGGUCUACAGGAGUUAUAAUCUGUCCACAUCGUAGCCGUUUUUUCCCCAAAGUGGGAUUAAUUGGAGGGAGAAACUUCUAACGCGAAAUUAUGCAUGACUGAAGGCCGAUUUGAAUCUGGGUCACCGAGGGAUUUCAAUGUUGUUAGGUAGAACUGAUUCUUUACGCAGUUUUUUUAAAGUUUGAUUCAGUGAUGAAAUCCAAUUUUUUUUACUACCGCUUCUGUGGGCAUGGUGUGGCUUGGUGGGCAUGGCAGGGGAAGGAUACUGCAAAAUCCCCAUUCCCUCCCCACUCUGGGGCCAGCCAGAGGUGGUAUUUGCCAGUUCUUCCAACUGCUCAAAAUUUCCACUACUGGUUCUCCGGAACCUGUCAGAACCUGCUGGAUUUCACCCCUGGUUUGAUUUCUUUGAGGACGGGGAAGGCCGCGUGUGCUGAGAAGUUUCAGUAACUGGUGGCAACAUUACCAUAUGGCUCAAAGCUGUGGAAAUCGGGUGUCCAAAAUGUGGGAAAAACAUGUAUGUACAUUCAACAAGAUCAGGCAUACACAGUCCAAACAGGAAAACAAAAAAAUAUCCUUCAGUUAAUUCUGUAUGUCUUCAAAGCAGUUUUGAGUUCAGAAAAACAAGAGUGGUGGUUAUUCUCCAUGGGGAAAAGUUAAGUGGGUGUCUUCAUUUUAUCAUCAGGCCAAAUAUAUAUAUAUCCUGAGCUGAAAAACAACCACUACAAAAUCCCCUAAGGUUUUUUUCACCUCCUGCACUAGUGAUGUGUGUGUUUAGUUGCAGGAAUCAAAUCAGAUUGUUAAUUGAAUUACUAUCCUCAGAGCUGUGUUUCCUUCAAGCCUAUGACUUUGGAUGUAGUUUGGCAGCAAGCCAUUACCUGGUUUUUGCUCUGUUUCCAUGGAAAUGGUACAUUUCAACACCCCAACAGGUUUGGAUAUUUGGAUAUUACUGGAGUGGAAAAGGGAAAGUUCCAAAGCUAAUGAAGACCCAGAUUGACUCUUCCUGCCCCUCUAAACAAAGCUCCCUGCAAUCCCAUCUGCACCAAAGAAUAGAAGCCUCCUCACCAACUCACAGCACAGUCCAAGGGCAGCCCUAACAAAGGAGUUACAACAUAGUAAGGAGUUGGGUGAGACUCCCUAAUCUUCCCUCCUCCUUCAUCAGAUGACCUCCGCAUUCCAUCUCCUUUAUCAAUGGAUUUGCUCAGUUCAGUUGUUGCUUCUGAAAGGGCUGCUUUGCCUAACAAUAGAAAUUAAUAAGUAGAUGGACAAACAUCUAUGUAAGCUUCCUCAUAACUAGCCCAAAUCACAAUAGGAUUUCCCACAUUGUAGUUCUAUAAAAAUAUAUAGUUGAUUUGUCUGGGGUCCUCUUUUGCUCUGGACUGCUGAAUUGCCCACUAUAAUCUCCUGCAGUAUUGGUUUAAGAAAUGCACCCCAGACAAGAACAGGGUGUGAAUAUCGCUGCCUUUUUUCAAAGCAAAGAUAAAUCAUAAACAGUAUCUCAAUGGAUGUCUGCUGGAGACAAGCAAUAGUAAUUUUCUGGGAUACAUGAGACAAUAACACCACCAUAGGAGAUGCAUUAAAUUCCUUUCACUUUGUACACGGAAAGAGGGGUUUAUACACAACAAGCUGGGCUGGCAGCUCUUCCUAUUUACAUUUCUUUUUGUAGAAAGUUACCACCCCACCCCAGAAGAAUGAAAUCUUUUGAGAAAUAUUUAAAAGGCAGAAUAUAUUCCCUUAAAUAUGACCUUCGCUCGUUUUGCCGUGAUUUGAAGACCUUGUUAUUUCGUAGCCUGGACUGAUGGGGGGGGGGUUCUUAAUAGUUUUUAAACUGAUUUUAAAUUGUUUAAUUCAGACUUUUUAAUUUAAUAGUGUAUUAGUGUUUUUGUGUAUUUUACUGUUGUGAGCCGCCCUGAGUCCAAUGGAGAAAGGGCAGCAUAUAAAUCACAUUAAACUUGAAACUUAAAUGAGAAAUGAAGAAA